CAAUAUGGCACAAAUUACAAUGCAUAUUCUGAACAUAGUAGUAAAAAUAUAAAUUAUAUGUUCAUGUUUUCUGAUUUGAUAGUAAACGAUAAACAAAUUAAACCUCCUCCUUGUUAGGAGAAGCCAAAGAUAGGAACAGUUGACGUCAAGCUGGGAGAAGCUGUGGUGUUAGUGGGUGUUUGCCAGUCUUUGUACAGUGCUGCCAGGGUGAAACACAUACUGCGUUGUCUUUUCUGCUUACCUUUCAUACAUACUAAGUGGCAAAAGGAGCUCGAUUAAUGGCUGCUCAAGGUCCUUAUUCUUACCCUGCAUAUGGACCCACAGCACCUCCAUAUCUUCCAGUCCAUCGUCCACAUGACCCAUACCCACCACCUCUGAAUCAGUAUGGUGUUCCUCCAGCUGGCUCUGUUGGCCCUUUUGUACCUCAGCCAGGUUAUGCUGUCUAUCCUCCAUCCAGUGCGCCUAUGCUAACUCAUCAAGCAGGUGGACCAUCUCAGCCUCAAGUGCAGUGGAUGCAAACCCCAGCUCCUAUUCCUAAUUGUCCACCUGGAUUAGAGUACCUUACAACGAUUGACCAAAUACUUGUUCAUCAAGUUGUCGAACUUGUUGAAGCUUUAACAGGAUUUGAGACCAAAAACAAGUAUGAGCUAAAGAAUAGUUUGGGCCAGAGAGUUUACUAUGCAGUUGAAGACAGUGAAUUCUGUAACCGAAUAUGUUGUGGGUCUAAUCGAGCAUUUAUUAUAAAGAUUUUGGAUAAUGUUGGGCACACCAUCAUGCACCUUGUUCGUCCUUUGGGAUGUGGUUCAUGUUGCUGUCCUUGUUGUCUCCACCAGAUGGAAGUUCAGGCACCACCUGGAAAGGCUAUUGGUUACGUUGUACAGGAAUGGCAUCCCUUUAUACCUAAAUUCAGCAUCCAGAAUGAAAAACAUGACACAGUAUUGAAAGUGAAAGGUCCCUGUUUGGCAUUCAGUUGUCUGGGAGAUGUAAACUUUGAUGUAAGUACAACAGGAUAA